AUGGAUGCAGUGCCCAUGACUAAUCAGAAGAAGGCUCAUGUACUAUUUGUUCCAUAUCCAGCACAAAGCCACGUCAAGUGUAUGCUCAAGCUAGCCAAACUACUACACCACAAGGGAUUCAAAAUAACCUUCAUCAACACCCAGUCCAACCAUAAACGACUCCUGAAGUCUGGAGGGACUAGCUUCCUUGCCGAAGCUUCAGACUUUCAGUUCAGGACGGUUCCUGAUGGUCUUCCUGCUGGUACAGAUGAUGAUAUUGAAUAUACUCAACCCAUUGAAGAACUUUGGAGCUACCUUGGAACUAAUUUUCAUGAUUUCUUUCUUGAUCUUGUAUCUGAGUUAGAAACUCGGGUAACAUGUAUCAUUUGUGAUGGCUUCAUGACUUAUACGAAUAUGAUUAACGCUGCCGAUAUGUUCAAAGUCCCCAUCAUCCUUUUCUGGACCAUGGCUGCUUGUGGGUUCAUGGGGUUUUACCAAGUGAAGGUUCUAAUGGAGAAAGGACUAGUCCCAGUUGAAGAUGAAAACGAUUUAAUAGAUGGGUAUCUUAAUAUGGAAAUAAAUUGGAUUCCUGGAAUGGAAGGAAUCUGUUACAGAGAUUUACCUGAGUUUACGCGAUACACAAAACCAAAUGAUCCUUCGUUUAACUUCCUCAUGGAAACCGCUCAGGCAGCUGAUAAUGUUUCGCAUAUGAUCAUUCAUACGUUUGAUGAUCUAGAGUCUAGACUUGUCGAAGAGAUUAAAUCUCUCUUUCCUAAUGUCUAUACCGUUGGCCCUCUUCAGUUACUUUUGAAUCAGAUUACAAAGGAAACGAAGAAGUCAAAUUUCAACGGCUAUAGCUUAUGGAAGGAAGAACCCGAGUGUAUCCAAUGGCUUCAGUCUAAAGAACCAAAUUCUGUUGUGUAUGUCAACUUUGGAAGUCUAACAAUAAUGUCUUUAGAAGAGCUUCUAGAAUUUGGUUGGGGGCUAGUUAACAGCAAUCACUAUUUUCUAUGGAUUAUACGGGCCGAUAUGGUUGAUGGAGAACCUGUAGUAUUACCUCAAGAUCUCCAGGAGAUGAUUAGCAAAAAAGGAUUUUUAGCAAACUGGUGUUCACAAGAAGAAGUUCUGAACCAUCCGUCGGUGGGUGGGUUCUUGACUCAUGGUGGGUGGGGUUCAAUCAUUGAGAGUUUAUCAGCUGGGGUGCCGAUGAUAUGUUGGCCUGUUUCUGGGGACCAGCAGACUAAUUGUAGGCAAAUGUGCAAGGAAUGGGAGGUUGGGAUCCAAAUUGGGAAGAAUGUAAAAAGGGAUGAGGUACAGAAACUUGUGAGUGUUUUGUUGGAUGGUGAACAGGGUAACAGAUUGAGAAACAAGGCUAGGGAUUGGAAGAAAUUGGCUGAAAGCGCAACAGGUUCUUACGGCACUUCUGCGUUGGAUGUAGAGAAACUUGCAAACCAGAUUAUGAAGUUAUAAAGAAACUAGAUUCCUAGUUUCAAGUCCAUUGUUUGAUAAAUUCCAUUGUUU